AUGGAUAAAUCUAGAAUGGAUUUUACAGAGGAAGCAAAGGAAGCUGAAGCUGGGGUGACGAAGCAAGGAGCCUUUGAUGCCGCACAGAGAGUAAGUGAACUAGAUGUUUUCAAACAGGCAAAGACCGUUUUAGUAAACCCAGAUAAGACAUUGGAAUGCGUUAGAAUACUGGCCUUGGAGCAAGGUAAGCAGUUAGUAGUCCCUGUCCCUCGACUACAAUCUGGGUUACUAACCAAAAUUGAUAUGCCUGAAACCAACUCCAAGUACCAUGUCCGCCGAGCAAUUACUCGUAGAGGAUUAAAUGAAGCUCCAACCGUUGAUUUAAACUCUGGUAUCAACAUUGACUUACUAAUCAUUGGAUCAGUAGCAGUGUCUCGCAAUGGCUUGCGAAUUGGUAAGGGUCGUGGAUACACUGAUCUUGAGUUUGCCAUUGUACAACAUGUCAAAGCCCUAAACCAGAAUACUCUUAUUGCCACGUUGGUGCAUGACUGCCAGGUGAAGGACGAUAUGCCCAGCAUAUUAUUUGGUGCUCACGAUGUGCCAGUUGACAUUAUAAUAACACCUACCGAGACAAUCAUGGUCUCGGGACGACCACCACGGCCAACUCACAUAAUGUGGAAUUUGAUCUCCGAAAGGCGUUUAAACACUCGCCGGAAAAAGAUCGUGCUAAAAGAGGUAGAUACUGAUAAUGAAAGCGUGGAGAAAGUGAGAGUCCCUAAUAAAUUUCAACAGAGAAGGAGGCCCCGUAAGUCAGCAAAGAAUAGCGAAUCCGAGCCAAAUGAGGGCGAUGGUGAUGCGUCUGAGCAUAGACGAAAUGGCCGUAGAUUGAGACGACGACGUGUCCCUGAGAAAGAGGAGAACGACGUAUUGGACGUAUUGGACGUAUCUAAUGAGAAUGGUCAAUCCAGACGCAAUAUUUGCGAAAGAGGCGCACGCGUAGAACAAAGCCGCAGAUCGAAUUUAGCGUCAAGGGGUGUCAAGCCUUUUGACAUCACCUGGAGGGGAGUGAAAGGUUUUUGCUACCUGCACUUCGCGAUGAAGCCUGCAGGUGUCAAAUCCCUUGGAGUGGACGCCAUGAUUGAAUCCCUUUCUGGUAUGAAAAUUGGAGGUGGUGAAGAAGGAACCACCUCAUGUGAACCACAUGUUUUGACUGUUAAGCCUGCUAGGCCAAUCACUAGGAUUCAAACGACAGAUGUGACUGCCGUAUGA